AGGGGCUCCCGGUCCCCUGGCCGGGCGGUGACUCGGUAACGCUUCUGCUUCCUCGGGCUGAGGGUAACCACGGGCCCCUUGCACGUAGAUAAGGGCAGCCCCGAAACUGCAGCCAGUGAGGGAGGACCCCGGGGUUUGCUCCAGAGCGUGGCUGACACCAUCCUGGAGGUACCAAACCUCCCUGCGCCCGUCUCACCCUGACCCACAUCAGGCUCUCCCCAGUUUCCUUGCAGGUGGCUGCGAAGCCCCCCCAGCAGCGAUGGAGUCCCCCUGUCUGCCCUGGCUGCAGAGCUUUGACAAGCCGUGCCGCCUGCUGCUCCACGCACUUGCCUCCGGCUCCUCCGGGACGUUGGCUGCCUUCCGAAUGCUGCAGCGGGCCCAGGUCAGCGGGGGACCCGGCCAGGCGUUCCCCUGGCAGACCUUCGUCGCAGCCCUGUGCGCCGAGGAGCCCACGCUGGAGGGGCCGGAGGGGGCCCUGGCUGUUAAGCCGCGGCUGCUGCUGCUCCCUGUCAUGUGCCAGAGAAACCUCUUCUCCCUGCUCCUCAUGGUGCAAACCGCGGUGCCGGGGGGCUGCCUUGGCCAGCUGCUCCAGGCUGUGGAGCAGGAUUCCCAUGUGGAUCCCUGGGUGCGGACGCUGAGGGAUCUGCUCCAGCAGGGACCGAGGGGAGAGGGGUGCUCCCCACCUCCCACUCCUUUGUCUUCUGCAUGCCAGCAGCAGCUGAAGCACCUGUGCCAGAAAAUCACCCAGAACAAACCAGAGAGGCAAAGGAAACUGAACUGGUGCUUCAGCAAGCAGCCCGGUGCUGCUGGGGACGUGGCUUACUCUGUGCUUCGUGGUGGGAAGCGCAAGAAAGUGUCGGAGGAGAGCCUGGAGUUGGAUGAGGAGAGAGAAGGGAAGAGGUUGCUGCUGGAGGAGGUGGCGUUUGAAUCCCCGGGAGCCCAGGAGCAUGGGGAUGGGGCAGAGAUGGAAGAGGAGGUGCCUGGGGAGCCUUCGGGGAACAGAUCUCGGAGCCCGGCCGGAGGUGCUCCAGAAAGCUCCCAGGAGGAUGCAGCUGAGGACCACAGGAAGAUUUCCCAGGCAGAGCUGGCAGCAGAGGUCCAGUCCUUUCUCCAGAAGCACGGACAGAGGCUGAAAAUGCUGCUGCUGCAGGAGUCCGACCACUCAGAGUCAAGCAUCCCACCUGAGAUGCACGUCCUGAACAACUGCUCUCCCAGCCAGCUCGAGGGGCUGUGCUCCUUCCUCCAGCUCUCCACGUGCCCAGAGCACCUCCUGGUGCGUUUCUGCAGCUGGCUGCUGGCUCUCACCCCCAAUCUCAGCUACACCAGCGCAGUCAUCCUGGCAGAGCAGCUCUUCCUCAGGCGAUAUUCCCAGCCUUUCUGUCGAGUCCUGGUGGCUGCGGUCCUGCAGGAUCCAUGGGAAGGCACUGAGCAGACCAAGCUGGUGUGCGACCUCGUGGAGGAGUGCCUGGAGCCAGACUCUGUGCGACUGGUGCUAAGCCAAGUCUUGGAAGUGCCUUUGUCAGAGAAGCUCCUGCCGGUAGUGCAGGCUGUGCUGGGGCGACAGGAGGUGCUGCCCCCUGAACUCUUUGAUCUCCUGGUCCUGACCCUAUGCCGGCAGGCCCCAGCCUUUGCCACGUCACUGAAUUAUGCCAAGCUGGUGACAGCUGUGCUCACCAUGUACCAAAGCCAGGUCACCUCAGCCCACCGGCGCAGUCUGGCUGCUGCUCUAGAUCAGAGCAACGCGGCUCUGAAGAAAUCGCUGCAGGCUGUGCUGGAAGGAGCCAGGUGAGUGCCAAAGGGAACUGCAAGGCGAUGGCUUCCUUGACAGAGGAUGCUCGUUAGGCUGGAGUAGCUGCAGCCCAGUCCCUCACUGGGGUUCACCACCAGCGUGAUGGAGACCGAGCGAGCGUGGGCAGUGGCAGCGGCAUUGUGUGCUCGGCCAGCCAGCCAUCCCAGCCCCACGCACGCCCAGAAGCUUGAAGAUGAGGGUUUUCUCGGUUAAACAAUGAAUAUAUUUCUAGUCAUCCCCGUGUCUGGUCUGUCUCUGGGCCGCCUCAGAGCCCGCCGCCACCGGCGCCUUGCCACACUCAAGAUGGCGCCUCCCGCCUUCCCGCGCUGCCACGCUCAAGAUGGCGCCGCCCUCCCCGCCUCCCCCAAGAUGGCGGCAGAGGAGGAGCUGCGGAGGGGCGGGCUGCGGGACGCGUGGAGCCGCCGCUGCCCUCUCCCUCCCAGCCUCCGGCGGUGGGGGGCACCUCAGAGCCCCGGGCUGCCCCACAGCGGCGCUGGGCCCGCGGGUGUGAGGGGUGGCCGGGCUGAGCAUCGCCUGGAGGGGGGGGGAGUUGUGUAAAGGUGACUUUUUUUUUUUUUUGUAGAUGGUUUGUGCCAAAAAGGUGGCUUUUGU